AUGCCGGAAGAAAAUAGUUUAAUUUCGCUCGGGAUUGCCUUGUUAUGUGUGACGAUUGGCCUUGUGCCGCUGUGGGCGCUCCUCAAGUCCCCCCUUCGCCAACAGCCCAAAGGAUGCAGACGAAUCGGCCUUUCCAACAAUUCCAGCAAUCUCGCCGAUGAAUUUGACCAGAAAUACGCCCAAGGUACCUCCCCUGAUCAAAUCACGGUCGACUCGAACGGGGGCCAUCUCCCACCCUGGCGCGUCAAAGCCCUCUUCACCUAUCCGAUCAAAUCCUGCCGCGGCAUCGAGCUUCAAACCGCCCACGUCGUGAGCACCGGACUCCAAUUUGAUCGGCAAUUCGCCUUUGCAGAAAGGACGUCUGCAGGAUGGACCUGUCGCACCCUUCGAAAUGCCGGAUUCCAACGUCUAGCGCUGAUCCACACAGAGAUCUGGAUUCCAGAUCCGUCAUCGCGGGAGUAUGACGAGCGUCGACCAGAGGUGCAAUCCGGCGGCGUGAUGCAGGUCUCGUAUCCACGUCCGAUUCCAUCAGGACUGCACGGCCUGGUGAUCCAAAUGGGAAUCACCACUCGCCUUCUCACGGCCAGACUCUCCUUCCGGCUCCCUUUACACCCUGCAUCACCCACCGAGUAUCCCACAAUCCCGGUCAAAAUCUGGAAAGACACGCCGCUCGCCUACGACUAUGGCACGCACCUCCCACCCUCUCUCCAUGUCUAUCUCGGCUUUGACCCGAACAAUUCCCCUCUAAGCUUAUUUCGCCUUCAUCCAUCUCACCGUCGGGAAAUCUUCCGCAAUGCGCCCCGGAAAGAACACCUCGGGUUUCAACCCCACACAGCCUUUGCUGACGCCUAUCCAAUCCACCUGCUCAACAUCACCAGCCACCACGACGUGGCGGGCCGAUGUGCGGAAUCUAUCCCCCAUCUGAGCAUGCGGCGGUUCCGCGCCAACAUCAUCAUCCAGGGUCCAGGGCCGUUUGCCGAGGAUCAUUGGAAGAAAGUUUUGAUCGGGAAGACGGAAGUGUAUGCCGCGUGUCGGACUGUUCGAUGUCUCUUGCCGAAUGUGGAUCCGGAUACCGGGGAGAGACAUAGGGCGGAGCCGGAUCGGACGUUGAAGGCGUAUCGACGCAUUGAUGAGGGGGAUUUGACAAAUGCGUGUCUGGGGCUGCAGCUGGUUCCGGCCGUGCAGGAGUUUUGUCUCGAGGUCGGUGAUGAGGUCAAGGUUUUGGAGACGGGGUCGCAUCGAUAUAUUAAGAUGUUGGCUCCGGGGGAAAAGGUUGAGGGAGUGUAG